CGAAAGACACGUAGCCCUGACAUCAUUUCCGCAGAAGAGUGAGUUUGUAAACAUUCCAUUUCAGAAAAGAUUUCGUCAGAUAGAUUUAAAAUUUGAUGACUCACUUUUGGUCUGAUGGUCUUUAUGGGUAGAAGAAGGAGCCGAAGAUGGAAGGCAUUCGCUUGGUUUUUUGUAACUUCACUUGGAGCGCUGUUUUACUCAAUAAGGUGUAGCAAUGCAGCAAGUGACUCCCUGUACAGUAGUGAACAAAACCAUAUUCCUGGUGAUGAGAUUAAAAGCCAUGUCACCCGUCCAGAGAGUGGGUCCUGUAAAAACAGACCCCCUAAACAAAAAUUCCUGAUUGUGGUCAGUACAUUGGAUGGAAAGCUUUCUGCCCUGGAUGCAGCAGAUCAUGGCAGAGUUCACUGGACCGUAUCAACUGACCCUCGACCUCUUUUGUCCUCCAGCAUCAGCAACCUUGAUAUAAAUCAGAAUGGGGUAAGGAAAAGAUUGAUACCCUCCCUGGAUGGCACCCUCUAUCAGUAUGAUGGGGACAGCAUUGAAGCUAUUCCAAUGACAGCAGAGGCCCUUCUUAGCUCCUCCUUCAAACUAUCAGACAGAACAAUGAUGGUGGGGGGUAAAGACAUCAGUUCAUUUGGGAUAGAUCCUGUCACAGGAAAGCUGAGGUAUUUCUGCACUUCUGAGGGGUGUAAGAUUUUGGACAGUGAUGACCAAGGUGACCGAGACAUGUUGGUAGUGACCAAGAGCAUGCAGACUGUCCGAUCAGUAGACCCCAGGAGUGGAAUUGAAAAGUGGAACUUCAGUGUUGGAAGCCAUCAAAUAGAAAUGAUCCCAGGAGAUAAAUCCCAUGAUGCAACACCACUGGAGGAAGAGGAUGACAUCUGUAGUCAAACUUGUCCAAAUGAGGAGACACAUGAUAUGCUGGACACAGACGACUCUAUUAAGAUCAUUGUACCAGAAGGAAUGGUGGUCGCUCUCAGUCCAGAAAAUCCAGAUGUUGUAGACUGGAAACACAAGUUUGAGAGUCCAGUGGCCAAGGCCUGGAUACUGAGGAAUGGUGUGUUGAAAUCAAUCAGUGUGUUCGACAAUAAACAUAUUCCAGCUCUGUCUGGAUUUGAGGACACGGGGGAUGUAAAGGAUCCGACAGGAAGUCAACCUCUACUUUAUGUGGGUUUGCACCAGAAUCAGCUUUAUGUACAGCCCUCUGUUCCCAUGCAGGAGAAUGUUGCAAAUGCAGCUCACCGUUUUCAUGGCAGUGCCCUUAGUGUACCCAAAGUGACCUGGAAACCACUUAUCAGUACUGCCCCCUCAAGGACCCCCAUCUUCCGUGGAAAUAGACAAGAUCCCAGUGGUCCACGGAUGAUAGCCAAUGGGCAAGCAGCAAACAAAGAAACUGGCCUUUCUGUUUGGCAUGAAAAUUACCCAUUUGAUAAUGGUUACUACCUUUACCCAGAUGUCAUUCUACCUGCAAAUAUCUGUGAAGCUAUUAACAAAACAGAAGAGAGUAUGCCACAUGUGAUCUACAUGUCUUUGUGGAACUAUUGGAAAGAGGUGUUAGCGAUCAGUAUACUGACAUCUGUUUGUCUGAACUUAACAAUCUUAAAGUUAAGGAAGGUCUACAAAAAGAAAUGCAUGAGUUUUGAAAAGGAGGAUAGUUUAGUAAUCUCUGGGACUCGGUCAGUUGAAGAAUUGGAUACUACAGAGAAAAGAACUGAUGAAUACGAAUCAAGAUAUAAGACAGACUUUGAACAGCUACAGGUGCUUGGUAAGGGUGGAUUUGGUAUCGUGUUUGAGGCCAGAAACAAAGUGGAUGAGUGUUGUUAUGCUAUUAAGAGGAUCACACUACCCAUUAAUGAAGUAUCCAGAUUGAAAAUGAAGAGAGAAGUUUUUGCAUUGGCUAAGCUUGAUCAUCCUGGAAUAGUUCGUUAUUUCCAGGCAUGGGAGGAAACUCCGCCAGUAGGCUGGCAAGAGAAUAAAGAUCAGGAAAUGUUUGAGAGUGAAUGCAUCAGUAUGCCAACACCAUGUAAUUCCACAACUCACUUUGCGCCAAAAGAUCCAAACACUCAUGACAGUAUUCACUUGGAAUUAAAUGAUGGCAUACGAGAGAAAAGUACAAUUAACCAGUUUGGAGGUGGCAUUAACGAUGAUCGCUACAUCAUCACCUCCAAUGAACGGGCUGGAGGAAGUCAGGAAUUCAGUGUGUCAACAAAGAGCCUUUCAUGGGAAAAAAGCGAAGAUUCCAGACGUCUAUUUGGACAAAGGAUUGAAGAAGAGUCUUCUUCAUUGGAUGUGGAGUUUAAUUUGGAUGUUAGUGAUGACAGUGAUGAUAGUGGAAGCUUCGCUAACACCACGGUGCCUUUCUCUAAAUUAACAAAUCCCCAUACAGAGAAUGAAAAUGACUCUUUCAGUAUUGUGUUUGAAGAUUCAGGUUGUGCAGACAAAAGUGGAAAGAGUAGCAGAAGUAGUAGUAGUGGUGGAAUAGUAUUUCAAGAUGAUAGUAACCAUAGCAACAGAUACAUUGUGGACAUUCCAAGUGAAUCAGGAGGCAGUCGACCAAAAACUCUGUCUCUAUCAGACCAAAAAUCACACUCGGCCAGGAAGUUGCAAUUGGACAAGUCAACUCCUACCCAGAGGUCUUACCUGUAUAUACAGAUGCAACUGUGUCGUCGAGAGACACUGAAAGAUUGGCUUUGUGCCAGCACCUGUGAACCUAGAAGUUCAGAGGUCAUCUGGGACAUGUUUGGUCAGAUUGUUAGUGCAGUUGAGUAUGUGCACAACAGCGGACUUAUGCACCGAGAUCUCAAGCCCUCCAACAUUUUCUUCUCUUAUGAUGAAGUGAUUAAGAUAGGGGACUUUGGAUUAGCCACUGACCUCACAGAAGAGAUUGAGGACUGCUCAGCCGAUUCUAAUCCAUUCCGAAAACACACUGCUCAAGUGGGGACAACUCUGUAUAUGAGCCCAGAACAGAUGGCAGGAAAGCCCUAUGGUCCGAAGGUUGACAUUUUCUCCCUGGGAAUGAUCCUCUUUGAAAUGCUGUAUUUCUUCAACACUCAAAUGGAGAGAGUUCGGACAUUAAUGGAAAUAAAAAAGAGGAUUUUCCCAGAAGAAUUCAAGAAAAAUCAGGAGGAGUAUAAAUUUGUGGAUUGGUUGCUCUCUUUUGAACCUGCCCAAAGACCCAGUGCUACAGAAAUCAUGAACAGUAAACUGCUGGAGAAAUUCCGCUCUCAGCAUCCACCCAAAAUUCACAGAGAUCGUUCCAUCUCAUCUAGCAGUAGUGGAUCUCUAGCCUAUGACUGAAGGGUUGUGUUCACAGAAUUCUUUAUCUUCCACUAUGUACAUCUGUUCUCAGAAUCAGGUCUUUAUAGCCCUUAAUUAACUAUUGAAUGUGCACAAGAUUUCAGAAGUGUAGUGCUUAUUUGCCUAAAUACUUUGUCCUCAUUUUUCAUUUUGAAAUUUCAGGGAGUUGCUUCCCCAUCAAUCAUUUGUAUUUUUUAAGGAAAGAAAUUAAAAGCUACCCAAGUUGUAUGAAUAUAACCUGGGUUGGGGCAUUUUAUAAAGCUGUAUAUAAAAAAAGCUUAACCUGUUCCAACUCAGAUUGUACAUGUAUAUGUUGAGUAGCUAUUAAAUUCAUUCCUUAUAGUUUAGAAAAUGAGAUGCAUUGUCCUCAAAAAAUGGUAUAAAAAAAUAUACAAAAUUUAAAUGUAAUGUCAGUACAUGUAAAUUUCUUGACACAACUAAUAUUGCAACAUAGUCAUGUAUGCAACAAAUUUAUUCAAUAUACAAUUUUUAGCUUAACUGAAUUGAAGGCUUUAGUGAGCUCUUCUGAUUGAAAUUUUCGGUAAACAGUCGUAGUCUAUUGUUGUCAUAAAUUUUUCACAUUUUCAUCUUUUUCUCCAGAAUCACUUGGCCAAUUUCAUUCAAAAUUUAGAACGGAAAAUCCUUAGGUAAAAGGAAUUUGGUUUCUUUCAAAGGAAAGGUCACACCGUCUUCUAAUGGGAGAUAAUUAAGAAAUGGUAAAAAUUAAAUGGGUCAUUUAAAAUUCUUCUCAAGAACCAGUGGGCCAUUCAAUUUUAUUCAAGUUUAUGCAAAUCAUGACCCCUGGGGGGGAGGGGGGGGGCCACUAUAGGCAUUCAAAGUCUUGCAUAGGAAUACACAGGAAAAAUCUUUAAGUCUUCUUCUGACAAACAGCAAAAGGAUGAUCAGUCACUUUUAUAUUGAAGCAUCCUCAUGUAGUGUUGAUUCAAGUUUGUUCAAAUAAUGACAUGUGGGUGUAAGGUAGGGCCACAACAUGUUAUUUUAAUUUUACAUAUAAAUAAAUAGGGGAAAAAUCUGCAGGGAAAACCCCCCCAGAAGGAUCAUAGUUACUCAGGUGAGCAUUAUGGCCCAUGGGCCUCUUCAUUUUUGAUCCAGUCAAAUAGCUGGUUUAAACAAGAAUUUAGUUCUAUUUACAUAAUUUUACUGUCAAAAUCACCUCAUGAAUGUAAUAGAUAAUUUAAUAGAUAUACCAUAGUUCUUGGCUGGGAAACUUUAAGAAGGAGGAUUGGGCAAUCUAUGUGAAAUAUUUUUUGUCAUUAUUAUUUUUUGUUCAUAAUCAGGGCACUUUGAAUUUUUUUUCCAGAAUCUCGAGUGUAAUUAACAAAUGUCUAGUGCUUGCUUUAUUCUUCAGGAAUUGCUUAGAUAAAAAUAAAAUCACUGUAGUUAAUUUUUUAAACUAUAUAACAGGUAUUUAUUUUGUUGAGUCAAUUGUGUGUUUCAUCCCCUAAAUUUAUUAUAUGUAGUGAGUGUGAUGUGUAGUGCAUAUGUAAUUGUUGUUUUACCAAAGUGCUUUCAGAAAUUUAAAAUUUGCAUUAAAAAGAGUACAUAUUUUCUACACUUUCCACACAAGGAAAAGCCAUUGUAUAAAAGUUUGCUUGGAAGUAGUAAAUGGAUGAGAGAGUAAAGGUGGGAGAAUUCUUGGGGAAAAAAUUGUUAGCGUACAGUAUUUGUUGUGUUGAAAUUUUUUGUAAUUUUUGCAAUGAUGCAAAAUUAAAAAAAUAAAUUAUUUUUUCUUACA